AUGAGCCUUACAGACUAUGCAAAUAAAAAUGUUAUACCGGAGCAUGCAUUAUGGGACGGUUCGCUGAAUAUGUGCAAAGCUCUGCACAGCAAAUCAUUAAUACAUCGAGAUGUCAAAGCUGAUAACAUCUUGCUGUCUGGAAACUACUUUAAACUGGCGGACUUUGGAACAUUAUUUGAUUUAAAUACGGUAAGUAACCAAAAAUACGAUGGAGCCAAAUUACCCAUACUCUCCACGGGAGAGUUGGAGCAUGAAUGCACGAGUGGAAUCUAUCUUAAAAGGGAUGGAUUAGAGGCUUGUCAAAUGAGCCUUACAGACAUGGUAUACAUGAGAAUGCAUUAUGGGACGGUUUACUGGAUAUGUGCAAAGCUUUGCACCAUCUGCACAGCAAAUCAUUAA